CUCUAUUUUCCCGUUUCAUUAUUCGGUGGCGUUGGUUAUCAGUCGUUACAUAAUACGGAAUACGAUUAUUCUUGAGCUGUGACUGGAAUUUGGUUUUAUCUUCGCUGUUUUGGUUUUUCUCAGUCAGGGUUUAUUAACUAGAACGACUAUAGAUCAGGGCCGGGUACCUCACAACUUUGUAUGUGGGUAAACAAUCAAAUUCGAAAAAUAUUUGAACUUUAAACACUUCAAGCAAAGUGCGGCUAGAAAAUUUCGUGACUCAAGAGGGACCCCACCACUCUGGUACUUCGUUCGUUAUCGUACAACAUUGGGAAAAUGGUAAAAUAACAAGCUCUUGACCUUGGUAUGGACUGGCUAUUUUGGUUACCGCUCACGAUAAACAGCUCUCCUCUUUCGAUCGGAUCAAAUCGAUCUUUCUGUUGGCCUUUGCGGAUCAUAAAAAUUGCCGAAUCCAAGAGCGAAUAAUACACACAGUAUCAUUCCCCCCCCCCCCCUUACAAUACUUUCUUUAUACCGUUCCCAGCAGUGUCCUAUUCGUCAACAUCGUGAAAAUGCUGUGCGCAAGUCCCAGGGCUUCGACUUCUCCUGGGCGGUCGGAGUAAAAUCAUCAGUGUGCAGUUCCGCUUCUCCAGUAACACUUUACGCUACUUCAUGCCAACAUCUUUUUUUGGGAAAAGUUCCGCGCUCUAACAAAUACUACUACUACUACUACUACUACAUUAAUCAAUGAGAGCACGGAUAUGGGUCUUUGGCAAUUCUUAAUUGUAAUCAUGUUACUAAUUAUCGAAACGCUGCGUUCGUUACCAGUUCUAGUGACCACCGAGCCGCUUAAUUCAACGGGAUUUCACGAAAUGGGGGGACUCAAAGACUUGGACCAGCAAUCUACAGUUCUAGGACCCGACGAUUCCCCUCUCAACUUGACAGUCACCGUAGAGUUGUCCGUCAGGGAAACUUUGGAAUAUUUGUACCCAUCGGAUCCUGUAGUCAACAAACGUCUCAAAUUAGUGAUACGUUGGCUUCAUCCGACCACUGGAGAACCUCCCGAGGGGUACAACGUCGAAGUUAGACCGUCGAUUCCACCUACUCAUUCUUCAAUCGAAGACACGUCACUGUGUACCGAGCACUUUACGGAUUUCUUUCAUCACGUAGAGUACAGCGAACUUCCAUUCAUGGAAAUCGGAAGCGGCACGAAAAAGGAUGAUCACCUCGUCCAGUUUGGGUGUUCCUAUUCCGUCAGGGUUCAAGCGUCACCCAUUAUCCCUCCGGCUCGCCCACAAAUUGUCAACAUUACCGUUCCAGAUUGCGUCGAGGGAGUUUGUCGCUGCAGCUCGCGGCCGCGGCUAGCCAAACCGGAAGAGUUGACGACGCACGAGAUCACCACGUCUUCCGGGCUGGAUGACGAGCGAAGCUAUGUGGUCUCGUGGAAGUAUUCGGCCGCCACAACGCAGCAGGAGGAGGAGAACGAUAUCACUUUGAUGGCACGAGUGGAAAAGGCCGACAACGUCCUGGGGCUUGGGCCUGUCUAUCGUAAGGUCAGAGAAUACCGACACAACAUCGAGCAUCCUGGACGACCGAACCUUUUCCAGCAGACGAUCCAUCACUUGGAAAUGCAUUCCAAUUACCGAGUGCGGGUCGUCGCUUACGAUUCCCACCACUGCGAGGGUCUCGUUGCCGAAGUUUACUUGAAUAGAGAUUCCAAGUUGGAUAAAAAUCCAAACUUGCACAAGGAAACUAUGGUGAGCGCUGUCGUCAUCGGUGCCGUUUUCUUGGCCGUCACAGCGCUCGUUAUUGCUCUCAGUUGGAAACGCUUUCUUCGACGGCUUCAUCUGAUGGCAGCCGCCGCUGCAACUGGCAGCCAUACUCCCGCCCGUUAUUCGCGAUCCCCGCAAAAUUUUCACAGGGAUGGCAGACGCACGACUUUGAUAACUAAUGGCUCGAGCAGUACCUGCCAGCAUUUGAUGAACGUCCUGCACGCCGAUAGAGAGUCGGAAGAACCCCGCCAUCAUUUACUCGGGACUAAUAAAAUCACGGACGACUAUGAAAUUGAUCCUGGUCAAGUAAAAUUAGGCGUGGAGAUCGGCAAGGGAGCGUUCGGUCGGGUUCACUUAGCAACGGUGGAAAAUCUAUCCGGGCUACCGGGUCCCACUCUCGUGGCUGUCAAACAAAUAAAAAAAAAAGUAGGCUUAGACGAACGGGAUGAUUUCCUAGCCGAAAUUGCCAUGAUGAAGCGCGUUGGGAGGCAUGAUAACAUUGUUGUGAUGCUGGCUUGCGUCACGCUAACUCAACCGUAUUCGAUGAUCCUUGAAUACGUCCCCUACGGUGAUUUGCUGCAUUAUUUAAGGACUUUGCGAACGGUUUAUCAUCAAUCCAAAGUGUGGUCAGUCGAUAGUAAAGUCCAGCAUCAGCAGGAUACCGCCUCCGCAAGUCUAGCCGGAUCUGGUUCAUCUGUUGCUUUGCUACCGCCAAGAAAGUCUACGACACACAGCACUUCAGACAGUUCAAAGUCCUACCAUUUGAACCACAUUUUCUCUUCAAUGAGUUCCCAUUCAACCGGUUCGUCGCACUCGUCGUCCUCCUACGUCAUACCCAACUACUACCGCGGUUUUUUGAAAGCCUUUCCGACGAGCAGAACUAUAGACACGGAAGAGUUGCACGAUUUCGCCCGGCAGAUUGCACGGGGCAUGGAACAUUUGGAAUUGAAGGGAAUUACUCAUCGAGAUUUGGCGGCUCGUAAUUUGUUGGUGAGCGAAGGUCGAGUGCUGAAAAUAUCCGAUUUCGGAUUAUCGCGCCACGGCGUCUACGUCAACACGCGCAAGCGGAUGCUUCCGCUUCGCUGGCUGGCGCUCGAAUCCAUGACGGAUAAUUUGUACUCGUCGCAGAGCGACGUCUGGGCGUUUGGCGUCGUCCUCUGGGAAAUAUGCACUUUAGGCGGAUUCCCUUAUGCCAAUGUGUCUGAUGCUCAACUAAUGACGUAUUUGCUCUCUGGCAACCGACUAGUGAGGCCUGACAAUGUUUCCGAGAAACUUUAUCAAAUAAUGUUGAAAUGUUGGAGCGCUAAUCCUGAUGACCGGUCGACGUUUCAUCAACUUCGCUGCUCGCUGGAAGAUUUCGAAGCUCACCAUGAGAAUUAUGUUGAUUUCAAUUGCUCAACCAGUUCUCCAGCUCACACACUGCCACCCACGGAAGAGGAAAUUGCCGUCGUUUAGAACAGGUUAUUUAUUUAAGGUAGCAUAAUUGAUUUCGCUAUUCGUAUUUAAAGCGCUAUUCCUUGUUCGGAUGCGGGACGACAUAUAAUCUUAAAAUUAUGUGAAUGCGUAAUCAGUAAUAAUUCUAUGUAACUAUCAUUAGACUGGUGGAAAUAGCCUGCACUUUUGUGAUGCUUUUGAAAAGUUCAUCGAUCGCUAAAGUUCUUCUAAAAAUAUUUAAAAAACAAAUGGGAUUUCUUAAUAUGAAAUGUCGUGUAUACUUUGAGAUUACGCACAACUGGAUUGCUCCAUUUUCUCGGAUGGAUUUGUGUAUUCUACUAUACCCUAUUACCUAAAUAACUAAUACAAUAUCU